AUGAGCAAGCAGGAACUGAAAAUGUUCGCCUCCUUCGCGGAGCGGGCCGCGCUCGUGCGCGCUUCCGAUGCCAUCUGUUCCAACGGCCGUCGCACCCGAACCGUGCCUUCGAUCAUAGCACGGGCAACGCCGCUGGCCUCUGCAAAGGGCGAAGGCGAACAUGAAGUGGCUUCAAUUCCGCGCGUGUCUUCCUUCCCGCCUGGGUCUGUCUCUUCCUUGAGUUCCGCACCUGCAGGCUCACCGCCAAAACGGAGACUGCCCCGUGGAGGCCUCCAGAGGCCUCGCGUUGCGCCUCCCGCGCACGAGGCGAAUCCGAAGGCAUACGCUGACGGCGAGCAGCCUCGCUCUCGAGCUGAGAGGGGAGCACCUUCGGCGCCUCCAGGCUCUCGCUACUCGCGCCUUACUCCGGAGAGCCCAUCCCCCAGUCGUGCACGGGCCGCGACCCCCACCCGCCGCCUCAGCUUGUCGCCUGCCUCUCCUCCCGCUCCCGCGUCUGCACCAACGCCGAGGCUCGCCGCGCGGCCGCCGCAGCCUUCCGAGCUCCGCGCGUCUUCGAGAAGUCCACGGCAAACGCCGUCUUCUGCUGCGUCGUCCGCGUGGCCGCCGCACGCUUCGGCUCGCCUUCCCGUUCCCUCGCGGGCCCGCGCGGCGUCUGUGGAUCCGCGCGAGCCCGAACAAGGCGCAGGCGGCGCGCGGGUCAAGGAGUCGCCGACGACCAAGCGACCUGUGCAGAGUUCCGCUGAGGCGUCUGGAGAGAAAGCCAAGCCCCCUGGGCGGGAGAAGGAAGCGAGCGAGGAAGGCCAAACGGGCAGCGAAGGCGGCAGAGGCGGCGACGGAGGGGCGGAGGCAGGCUGCCCGGAGGGUGACAGCGGACGCCCGUCCAUGGCGGAAUGCGUUCAGCUGCUCCAGUGGCUGGUCGCCGAGAACAUCGAAGUAGAUGCGUCGGUUCUGACGGUGGACGCGGAGGCUGCGACGCUGCGGCUGCUGCUCCCGCACGCGGCGGUGCCUUUUCUGCCGACGCAGGUGCAGCUGCGGCGGGAGGACUACCACCCGCUGCGGAGCUUUGCGCGCGAGGAGGCUGCAGAGGCUGCGGCGCUGGAGCCGCGGAAGAAGAGUCCGUUCGCGUACGUGCGGCAUCCGCUGCGGCUGGCGAGUGCGCCCAGCACCAGCGUCGGCCCCAGCCUGCCCUUCACGUGGCUCUACACGACCGACAAAGAGCGACUCUCGCCUGAGCAGCUGCAGACGCAGCGCUGGGAGCUGCUGCGUCCCGGGCACCACCUGCGCGUGCGAAUCGACCGCGUGACCACGCCCGACGGCUGCGUUUUCGUCGCGACCCCCGACGAGUCGCCUGCGAGUGCGGGAGACACGCGCAUGGAAAACCCCGAAGCCAGGCGGUGCGACGCGCUGCAGCAGCAGGGAGAAGAGACGGAGGCUGAACUCGAGGUCGAGCCCGCCAACCAGGUGAAGAAGGGCCCGGCCGGCGGGAGAGGAAAGAAGAAGAAAAUCUCGCUCCGCGUUGCCUUCGGGUGGCCGCCGCAGAACGUGAAGGAAGAACUCGAGCGCUGGCGGCGGAUCAAGGCAGAGGCCGAGCGGCGGCUCGGCAGCAAGGACCGAGAGAACGUCACCGGAGAGAAACUGAAAAAAGGUCUUGAGAAACUAAUCUCUCAAGACAUAUCGUGGGCUCUGCCGCAUCUGUCGCCCCUGGAGGUGACGUUCUAUCUGCCGGCGCACAUGACGUCGCCGGGGAUCCACCCUCACCCUUCAGAGGUGGCGCCGCCCAACAGAAACCGAAACUCGCUCUCUCCCUGGCAGGAGAAAAAGAAGCUCAUCGAAGAAAUCAGAGAGACAGAGAGAGAGGCGAAUGCGAGCGAAGCCUCCGCAUCCUCCGAGGACACCCUUUCUGCAGAAGGCGAGGCUAUCAAAGCAGACGGUGCGGAGGCGCCUGACACUCAGUCGGGUGUACGUACAACUGAAGAAGUGGGUGAACGCACAGCGGCAGGUGUGCAGACACCGGCGAAAGAGUGGAUUCCGCCUUUGCGCCCGCCAUCGCGCCAGCCUCAUCGCUCUAGGAUCAUUGGAGUCCUGAACAACUUUCUGCUUGUCGAGGUAGACGUUGAGCAGCGAAGGCGGAAGGAGACAUCGGAGGAAGGCCAAGAUGAGAUCAGCAGCAGUGGUACAGCGGUCAGGAACUCAGACGAGGCGCCGGACACUAAGCUGGGGGACAAACAGACUAUUGUUGCGCUUCUUCCCAUCGAAGAGUUCGGCCAUAUUGUCGACUGGAUUCGCCACCGCGAGAAGGUGUACAUACACCGCAACACAUAUACCUACGGCCUCUCGAUGAAAGGAAUAAAACCGUGGGAAGGUUUCCGCUUUGCGGAAGACCAAAAGACAGGGCGGGACGACGCCGUUGAGAGUAAGGCACCCCCGUCUUCGCUGGAUCUCUAUUUUUCGUGUGUCCAGCGCUUUCCGCUGGAUCUCGACUUUCCCGCUGUGGCCUCCCUCUCUGCGUUCCUGCCGCCGGUCCGCGGGCCGCCGCGGUCUCCGCCGGCGGGGGCGGUUGCGAAGCUGGGAGCGCAGGCGGUUCUGGAGACCGCCAACUACCUCUUCAAUUCGGCCGCGUCCUCUGUGUCGGCGUCGGCGUCGUCUGGCGCGGCGUCGGCCUCUUUCCCGGUUCUGCCGCUGCCGCGCUCGCCGGCGAAGCCGCCGUGGGUGGUGAUCAUGUCUGCGCAUUCUCCAAUUCCGACUGAGCUGGCGUACAUGCUUUUUUUUCACCAGCCGCCGAAUCACUUGCAGCCGGAAAUCGACAGAUUUCACAAGCUGCUCGAGGAGCGCGAGCAGGAGCACCUGGCGGAUACGCUCGCGCAGUACCGCGCGUACGGCGAGCCCGGAAGGCCCGCGCUGGAGAAGUGGAGGCGUCUGCACAGACAGAGUCUGCGGCAGCGGCAAGGCAUGCGCUUCCCCUGGUGGGAGGCGCGCGGCGACGACGCCCGCGAGGCCGAGCUGCAGAAUCUCCUCGGCUACUUUCAGUACCACAAACUCCUCCUCGCGAGGGAAGCCGCCAAAGAGGAAGCCGCCCUCGGGCAAAUCCACAACGCCAUCAUCUCCGACAGACACGGCGAAGACUUCCAAGACAUUACCGAGUGGGUUCUCGACGAGGAGAAGAAGAAGCGCCUCACGCCGAAGCUCGUGAGGCAGUUCGUGGAGGACGUGGAGGACGGCUGCGCGCUCUUGAGGCGCAUCGACCUCACCGAGCCGCUGAAGUCGCUGAUGGACGAGCGCGACCGUCUGCUUUCUGCGGACAUCUCUGGGAAUCCGCGGCUGGAGGCGCGAAAGAGGCUGCUGGUAGGGAGGCGGAGCUCGGUGCCCCGUGGCGCGAUCGAGGCCGCGGAGGGCCUGCAUCCCGCGGCGCGGCUUUUGCUGCUGCGCUUCCACGACUCGGGCAUUCCCGUUCAAGAUCCGAUUGCCUGGAUGCUGAAGCUGCACCGCGAGAAGCGGCGGUGGAGUCCGGGCGAGCCCUUCUCGCCGCCGUUGUGGGAGAUGUUCAUGCUGCAUGCGCGCGUCAACCUGCAGAAGGCCGCGCCGCCCGACGACGUGCCGAGCUACGAAGAGUGGCAAAAGGCCGAGAGCGCAGGCAGAAGGAAAUUCACCAGAAAGCGCGACGGCGACGGCCAGGGAAGACUCAUCGUGGAUCCGAUUGAGGCGAUGAUUGAGCAGAUGCCGGAGGGCGCGUCGGACUUCCUCCACGACUCCACGGACGCGGCGGUGAGUUCGCAGGCGCUGCGGAAUCUGCAGCGAGACAUGGCCUCUGCGCUGUUGCCCCGCGGGAGCCGCCGCGAAGGCAUGCUUGACGAAUACGUGAACAUCAAAGACCUGCACCCAGACAUCCCAGAGCUGACCGAACUCGCCGGCGGCAAAGCGGCGAACCAGCGCUGCGAGGUCUUCCUCCCCCUCACCGACGCGGCCGCAGAGCCUCAGUAG